AUGUCGUCGUUCUUCUAUUUAGGCAAGACACGCACGUUCCGACCUCGCAAGGACGCGCCAGAGGGGACCAAGCAGUAUCAGCUCAGAAAGUAUGCCGAAGCAACCUUGGGAUCGGGGAACCUGCGAAUGGCCGUAGUCCUUCCAGAUGGCGAAGAUCUCAACGAAUGGCUAGCUGUUCACACCGUCGACUUCUUCAAUCACCUUAAUAUGCUCUAUGGUACAAUCACAGAGUUUUGUACUCCCCAAGAGUGUCCGGUGAUGUCUGCAGGUCCACGCUUCGAAUACCUGUGGGAAGAUGGUGUUCAGUAUAAACGCCCGACCAAAUUAUCUGCUCCAGAGUAUGUGGAUGUCCUGAUGAACUGGGCACAGUCAAUUCUCGACGACGAAAAGGUUUUUCCAAACAAGAUUGGCGUUCCUUUUCCUCGCAACUUUCGCGACACCGUCAAAACAAUCAUGAGACGCCUCUUCCGCAUCUACGGUCACCUCUACAGCAGCCACUUUGAUCAGAUAUGUGCACUAGGCAUAGAAGCACAUCUCAAUACAAGCUAUCGACAUUUCUAUCUCUUCAUCACCGAGUUUGACCUGAUAGACAAGAAGGAGCUCGUGCCACUUGACGAUUUAAACGAAGCAAUCGCUAUUGAGGAUCAGAAGUCACGUUGA